AUGCAAUCAAUCAUUCAUUUUGUGUGUGUGUGUGUGUGUGUGUGUGGGUGUGUGUGUGUGUGUGUGUAUAGUUUCUUGUGUCUGGUACCUGUCCAGGUGAGAUCAGCUCAGCUGCUGCAGGAAGGAGGAUACAAGUCGUACGUCCAUGACGCUAACACACUGGUCAGAACACCUGUCCUGGGCCUAGCAUUAGCAUUAACUUCAGCAUUAGCUUUAGCAUUAGCAUUAGUGCAGCAGCCAGGUAAAAGCUAUGUGACUCAGUGUCAGCAGCUCUCUCUGUCCUGGGAUUGGCCUCUCAGCCUGCCUUGUUCCACCUCCCGUUCAGGUGAGCAGGUCCACUUCUUUGAGGGUCACCUGCUGAAAGUUCUGUUUGACCGACUGGGACGUAUCCUGGAGCAGCCGUACGAGGUGAACCUGCAGCUGACGGCUGUUCUGUCCAGACUGUCAUCCUUCAGCCACCCUCUGCUGCACGAGUACCUGCUCAACCCCUACAUCCACCUGUCGCCCUGCUGCAGGUCACUGUUCUCCGUCCUCAUCAGGCUGAUGGGACAGGUGAUGCAGAGGAUCCAGCAGGUAUCUCACCUGUCAGACAGACUGCUGGACACCAGGAGACACCUGCUGGGACUGAAACAGGAAACUGGACUGGAACACCUGACGCUGCUCAGAGGAGUCGUCGUUCUUGAGGAGUUCUGCAAGGAGCUCGCCGCCAUUGCCUUCGUCAAGCUGCCGCUGGACCUGGACCGGGACCACCUGGACCGGGACUGACUCACCAGGACCACCUGGAGCGGGACUGACUGUCCUGGAUCGACAGGAUCUGGUUCUUCUGAGUUCACAGUAACGGUUCCACCUGAAGGAGCAGGUGUGAGUCCCACCUGCUCCUUCAGGUGGACUGAGGACCUGAUUGAAGCCUUCGUGUUUGAGAGACGACAAUCUGAAUUUUUUAUUCUGGUGGACAGAACCUGAGAACACCUAGUCCUCAGGUGUUCUCAGGUGUUCUGUUAGCGGAACGUUCUGAUCUGAUCAUAUUUAGCAUCUCCAGAUCCAAGUACUAAGAGGGUCAGAUGUAGAACUCCAUGAUGUCAUAGAUGUAGAUCAGCUGUAGUUCCUGGUUGUUCCAGCAGGUGGAGCCUCUUCCUGUUUAAUGCUGCAUCACAGAGGAACCAAUCAUUGGUCUGUUUACUGAAACCUCACAACUAAUGUCUCCUGGUCAAUGAUUAAUAAUCUGUAUUUUAUUAUUAGCUGAUCACACUUCAGGUUUCUGAUCCAGAUCAUUUUUAUAAAUUAGAACCUCCAGUGUUCUCCUUCAGUUAGAACCGGUGGAUCAGAUCAGAACGUCCCAACCACUUCCGGACUUCAGCCAAUCAGACGCUGUUUCUAGGCAGACUUUAAUGAUGUUCUUUAGUUUCUGAGGAACCUGAUAAAGAACCUGCAGCUGUCGUGAGAACAUCUGAGUUCUACCAGAGAGAACCAAAGGAACAGCAGCACCAACCACCUCAGACGUUCCCUAAAGGGGAAGAGGAGAACCUUCAAAGAAUUAUUUUAGAACUUAAAUUAUUUCACAGAUUUGAUGUUGAAUAUUGGACAAAGUAAGUGUUUCCUAUGUUUAUAAAGAACAUACAACAUACAUGUUCCAGAGCAGAACUGUCACUGGAACUAGAACCUGCAGGAACACAGUCAGAGCUGAAUGUGAAAACAUGUUUCUUUUGACUUCAUAUAUUUAAGUGCAAUGGAACAGUUUUAUCCCAAAGAUGAAUGAAUGAAUGAAUGAAUUGACUGAUUAAUUAAUUGAUUGAUUGAUUGA